AUGUCUCUAGCGAAAGAACUUCUUGCUGAUUUGGAUGACAAUGAGGCCGUCGAGGAGGUUGAUGAUCCUUAUACAUCUGCUAAAGCUGCGCUCCUAGAUGCAAGCGUAGUUUAUGAUGGUGAUGUGGAAAUGACAGAUAAGUCGAAUAAUAAUGGCGUUUCUGUCCCAGAAAAUCUCGUUGGUCCUCUUAAGCCCACUCACAUUCUCAACGCACCAAUGGUUAAGGCACCAGUUACAGCGUUUGCAAAGCUUCGUAACAGUGAAAAGCUUACCAAAGUAAUGAGCCAGAUCGACGAAUUUUCACGACAAAAGAAACGAGAGAAGAUUGAUGGGGCUGUCGAGGCGGAUCCGGAAUAUAACUGCAUAGUGGAUUCGAACAAUCUUGUGGUGGAAAUUGAUAAUGAAAUUGAUAUUAUUCACAAGUACGCUCGUGAUAUCUAUCAACAUCGCUUUCCAGAAUUAGAAUCCCUUGUUCCUCAAUCCAUGGACUACCUCAAAGUCAUUUUGGCUCUUGAUAAUGACAUUCUUGAGCGCUCCAAGAAUACUGAUCUUCUUGCUACUUUCCUUACGCCUGCCACAAUUAUGGUUGUCACGGUGACAGCGUCAACUACUCAAGGCAAACCUCUUGAACCAGAUGCAUUGCAACGGGCCAAAGAUGCUUCCGUAAUGGCGAUAGAACUCUUCGAGAUGAAAAAGACCAUCAUGGAAUAUGUCGAAUCUCGUAUGGCCCUAAUUGCCCCAAAUUCUAGCAUUUUAGUUGGUGCUUCUACAGCUGCUAAGCUCAUGGGUCGAGCUGGUGGUUUAACAGCUCUCUCAAAGAUGCCCUCUUGUAAUAUCCAAGUGUUAGGGUCUCAGAAGCGUAAUCUGGCUGGUUUUAGCAACAACGCUAGUUUGCCACACACUGGUUUCAUCUACCACUCAGAGUUUGUCCAAAAACUUCCCCCGGAUCUCCGAUCUCGAGCCGCACGUCUUUUGGCUAAUAAAGUUGCUUUGGCUGCUCGUGUUGAUUCAUUCCAUCAGUCACAGGAUGGAAAUAUGGGUGAGAAAAUGCUUCUCGAAGUAGAAAAGAAGGUCGAUAAGUGGCAGGAACCUCCCCCGGUCAAACAGGUUAAGGCCUUACCGGCUCCCAUUGAUCCGCCAGCCAAGAAGCGUGGUGGUCGUCGUUAUCGUAAGAUGAAAGAGCGCCUGGGGAUGACGGAACUCCGCCGCUCUGCCAACCGCAUCCAGUUUGGCCAAGUGAGUGAAGAUGCCUACCAAGCAGAUCUAGGUUUCUCCCUCGGCUCUCUGGGUCAACGUGGUGUUGCUGGUCACUUGCGGGUGCCGGUUGCAGACUCAAAAACCAGAGCACGUGUGAGUAAGGCAUUACAACAGAAGCUCUCGAAGUACGGUGGUCUCUCGACUAUGCCGACGACAUCUCUUGGUGCAGCUGCUACCUCCUCAGCAAUUUGGGGAGGUGCUUCUUCUAUUAGAAGGGGAGGUGCUGAAACCGCUGGCACUGCGUCUUCAGUUACUUUCACACCUGCUCAGGGGCUGGAAAUCGUUAACCCGAUGGCAUCCGAGAAGCAAGUGGACGAGCACAAGAAGUACUUCGGCGUGACAGCUGGAUUCGCCAAGUCAAAGACAACUUCCAACGAGAGCAUGCCGCCUCCUCCAGUUCCUCCCAAGCGAUCUUAA